UUCUCGUACAUGAUGAUAAUAUAAUUUGUCUUGAACUUUUAGGGUUUCGAUCAGUCAAAUGCUGCAGACUUAUGUGUCUUUAUCAGUUUUAGAGGCGAAGACACGCGCAAGAACUUCAUGAGUCAUCUUCAGCAAGCUCUGAACAAACAACAAAUCAAAGUCCUGAUAGAUCACAAGCUCCCAAAAGGACACAACAUAUGGUCUUCACUCUUAAAUGCUAUUGAACGUACACAUGUAUCUGUUGUUGUUUUCUCACAAAACUAUGCUUCCAGCAAGUGGUGUUUAGAUGAAUUGGUCAAAAUAUUAGAUACCAUGAAACAACAAGGGCAGGUUGUUCUCCCCGUUUUUUAUGGUAUAGAUCCAACACACGUGCGCAACCAGCUUGGAAGUUUCAAACAAGUAUUCGAAACGCACGUGCAGAAAUUUGACCCCAUUGUGGUUCAGGAUUGGAAGAUUGCUAUCACUGAAGCAGCAAAUUUGAUUAGUUGGGACUCAAAGUCACCCUACAUUAGGGAUGAUGAUGAUCUUAUUCAGCAGUUAGUCAAGAUGUUUUAGAGAAAAAGAAUCAAUAUUUCAAAUCCAAGGCUUGUGCUG